AAUGGGACUGCUAAAAUUUUGGCCGAAAACACACAGCCCCAAGGAAGUUAUGUUUCUGAAUGAGCUGGAAGAAAUAUUGGAUGUCAUUGAGCCCUCUGAGUUCGUGAAAGUUAUGGAACCUCUGUUCAGACAGUUGGCCAAAUGUGUCUCUAGUCCACACUUCCAGGUGGCAGAGAGGGCAUUGUAUUAUUGGAAUAAUGAAUAUAUUAUGAGUUUGAUCAGUGACAAUGCAGCCAAAAUCCUCCCUAUCAUGUUCCCAGCGCUGUAUAAAAAUUCCAAAAGUCAUUGGAACAAGACAAUCCAUGGGUUGAUCUACAAUGCAUUAAAGCUGUUUAUGGAGAUGAACCAGAAGCUAUUUGAUGAUUGCACACAGCAGUACAAGGCAGAGAAGCAAAAAGGGCGGUUCAGAUUGAAGGAAAGAGAAGAGAUGUGGCACAAGAUUGAGGAGUUAGCUCGCCAGAAUCCUCAGUACCCCAUGUAUUGCGCACCCCCACCUUUGCCUCCUGUUUAUUGCAUGGAGACGGAGACCCCCACUGCAGAGGACAUACAGCUACUGAAGAAAACGAUGGAAACAGAGGCUGUACAGAUGUUGAAAGACCUGAAGAAGGAGAAGGUUUUGCUGCGUCGGAAAUCAGAGCUUCCUCAGGAUGUCUACACCAUAAAGGCUCUGGAAGCACACAAGAGAGCAGAAGAAUUUCUCACCUCAAGCCAGGAGGCACUCUGACGGGCUAGGGAGCCCCUGGAGGGUACACAGAAAUGCACUUUGUUCUAACAUAUAGCUAGGGAAUGAACAUGGUGACCUGUGCCUGUCCUCCACUCCAUUCUUAUCUUUCAGGUUCAAUUUGAUUUUACAUUGUACCUCAUAUCCCACCACACUUUCACUUACUCCUGCUUUAAAUCUUCUUAAGGCUGUGUUUUGUGUGCACGUGUGAUGGGAGCCUAGCAACCUGUGAGAGUAUCAUUCCAUUGCAGGGAACAUCCCAGUUCCUGAUUUUGUAAAAAAAAUCUUCUGCAGUCCCAGGACCAAAGCAUUGAGAGUUCAUCUGUUUGUCAUGCGGAGCCUUUGAUUGAUGUCCCUUAUCAUACACAACCGUGUGGUCUGCAUAACAGAAACUUUAUGUCCUAUUGCCUAAACAGGUCAGUACAGGCCAUUUUCCCUUGGGAAUAAUGUGUUAUCUACUCCCCCCCCAACACUUAGAAUAAAUAACUAAUAUGAUGGAAACUUCAGCUGCUUUUGGUCAUUAUGAGUAUGGGUGAUAAUUUUCAUCCGGUAUCCCUGAAAUUGUGUUUGCGUUAGCAGCUGUGCAUAAUUCCAGAUCCAGUGAUCUUGAUAAUGCUUUCAAUGACAUGGUAGUUUUCACCUUCCAAAUAGAGGCUUGCAGUUGAUCUAUGUGCCUGGCAGCUAUUGUACAGCUGCUGCAUGAAUGUGUCACUUGGGUCUUGCUUUCUGUCUGUCUUUGUUAGAACUGGAGUGAGAGUAGCUGUUAAGCACAUUCUCUACUAAUGCCAACCUUCCUUUCAGCUGUUGGCUUUUAAGCUCUGGCAAAUCCUGAAUAAAUAGCUUUACGCAUUUUGCAUAUUGAAAACCAGAGGAAAAAUUAAAUAAUACAGUUUCAGUUUCCAUUUACCAACUGAGCUAGUCCUUUCCAGUUAAUCCCUCUCCCCAUUGCUAAAUUUCUACUCCCAUAAUCUCCCAGCCAGUAUAGUUUUACUAGAUUUCACUGUGUUUGUGUGGGUUCCAGCUGUUCUAGCCCCAGCAUUCCUCUAUUCGGGAAACUCAAGUGCAAGAUGUAGCAAAAAUUCACUUUAGGGAAUACAUAAAUUUAGGGUAUUGACAGAUUCCUUUGAAGUAUGGCUAGCCUGAAUGUAAUAGUUACAUUUGUUUGAUAGCUUGUCAUAGUUAAAAAGUUGCUGACUUAAUUUGGAUCAUGGAAAUCACAGAAGGGAAAGCCUUUACUAUUCUAUGCUUAAAGUUCCUGUGCUCUAGCUUUGGAAAAUUUGUUUCUAAUGAACUUUUUUCAGAUUUUGGUUUUAUCCCUUUACUGCUGUGUUAAGGCCUCCGUUGGUGAGAAGCAGUGGAAUAUCAGAGAAGUAAUUAUUUUGAAUUGGACUGCAAGCCUUUUCCCACCCCAUUUCAUCUUCUUCUUCUUAAAUCUUCAUGUGAUGUAAUUUUGUCUUGUCUACUUACUUAUACCAUUCUGUUUCCACUGUAUCUUGAAUAAUUUGUUUGAAGUUUGUUACAUUUCAUCUCAAUAUUCACCCAUUUCACCCCUUCAGAGACAUUUUUUAACUCUUAGAAAACUGAAAUUAAAAAACAAAUGGACAUUUGCCAAUUUUCCAUACUGAUACUCAAGCCACAGGCUGGGUUCAUAUAUCAUGCUAAGCUAUUAUUUUAAUCACAAAUUAUUGAAUAAAUUGCAGUGCCUGGGCUUACCCAUCAUGCAAAACCAAACAAAUUGCAGUCUGACAUAUUGCUCCUCAGUACUCUUCUCUGUGGAAUUCUUAAUUUUUCCACCAUUUUUGUCCCCCUACUAACAGUCCAUCAGCAUUCCAUGGUCACUGAGCACGUUUAGUCUUCACUGGACUGUUUCUGGAGUUCUCACAAGCUUCUUUCCCUCCCCCAGAGCAUUUUUACUUUGGCAACCCUUAUUUUGUGCAUGGUAGUUUUUUAGCUACAUGAGGACAGGCACUUAGAAUUGAGACUGAUGUUAGAAUAUAUGAUGAUGCUAACCUCCACUGUCUGCUGCCAAAAUACUUUCAAUAUUUGUUGUUCAAGAUGCUCUGUCUGGCUGUAGUUUCUCAUACUAAUAAGGACAUCUUUUAAUCCCCUUGCAAGUUUCCAGUUGAAGCAGUAAAUGGAAGAAAAUUAAACAGGGACUUUAUUUGAUUUGCAAGAUGCCCCUGACAGUUCAGUGACAGAUCAAACAAACAUGAGGCUUCACUGAGUAACUUGCACAUUCAACCACUGGUCUUUCAAAGUGUGGUUUAGCUGUGGGAGGAACAAAAGUAAACUUGGAGCUCCUCAACACCAAAAUGUGAUUGUCUGCUUAUCUAUUCCCUCUCAAGGUUGGGCUUAGUAAAUGAGAAGGACCAUAGGAAAUUAUCUUCCAUUACCCAUAUGUAUGCUACACAGCACUUCUAUGCCUGUUACAGUUUUGCAUAGGUGAAGCAGGGCUGUAAUUGAGCAUCAUAUGCUGUACACUUAGAUGUAAAUAUAGGCUUUGUCUAAUCUUUCUUUGGGAUCAGGGAACUUGUGUUUGGGACCUAAUAUUAAAAUUUAGUUUGCUGCCAAUUCAUUUGAGUGUCCUAUGUAUCUAAAUAUCAAAGAAGCUGUGUGUAAAAGAGGUUAAAAAAAAUCACACUUUAAGCCAAAUGAGCACCUCAGCUACACAACUUCCAGUUAUGCUCUACCUUAAUCUAGCUCUACUUAAAAACCUUGCGUUUGUCCCUAUUUCAGCUUUUACCUUUCCUACUUUUUACAUGAACAGGGUUGGAGCUGCCUCUUUCAUGUCUUAUAUAGCCCUUCCCAAGAGGGGGAAAAAGCAACUAAGUGAUGCAUUCACUCCCUGGACACAAGUAUUAAGCUGCUUUACAAUUCAUUAUGUACAUAUGGUGUACUUUAUUUCAGUAGAGUAUUACAUAGUAUGACAGUGUUGGAUUUUGUACAGAUGUCCCUGUAUGUACAGAACUAAAUAAAAUGGAUCUCUUGAAAAGA